GUCAUCUGCUCACUUGUCCGUACAUGUCGUCUGCUAAUACACAAACCAAGCCGAGUACCAUUCACACUCGACCGCUUUACAGGCGAUACUCCGGCAGUUGACACAAUCCCGAUAAGCCCAGGUAUAGACAGCGUGUUUUCUGUCGAGCUAACAUGGCGAACAUUCAGCUAUAUCUCUUCUUCCCAAGUCCACCAUGUCGUUCUGUCCGCAUGACAGCCAAGGCCCUUGGUGUACCACUCGAGUUGAAACAACUUAACCAUGUGAACAAAGAACAUCUUAGUCCAGAGUUUUUGAAGACAAACCCGGAUCACAUUGUCCCAACAAUUACAGAUGGAGACUUCACUCUGUGGGAGAGCCGCGCCAUCAUGCGCUACCUGGUGGGGAAGUUUGGGGGUGAGGACAACAGCCUGUACCCCCGGGACCUUCAGAAGAGGGCAGAGGUGGACCGACUCCUGGACUAUGACCUGGGGGUCUUCUACAGAGCCAUAUUGGAGACUCUGAUGCUGCCAGUAAGAAACAGGAAUACACCAACAAAAGAACAAGAAGAACAGGUCGUCAAGGCUUUCAACCGGAUUGAUACACUGCUCAAGGAUAAGAAGUUCCUCACCGGAGAUCACAUCACUAUCGCCGACUUUGCGAUGGUCGUUGGGUUUGGAUCCGAAUUCCUCUUCCCAGGGGAUAUGUCUAACUACCCCAAUGCCAUGGCAUGGUACAAGAGAAUGCAAGAAUUGCCGUACUACCAAGAAGUGAAUCAGCCAUUUUUUGACUAUGUGGAAAAUUUGAAGAAACUAGCAGGUCAAACGUCGUAAGAACACGAUUAUGCACAGAUCCAUUUAACUGCUGAAAAAGGCAAACUACAUUUAUAGUCAAUUUGUUACUAAGCUAUUAGAGAGGCUUAACACAGACGUGCAGUUAAAGAAACUGGGAUUGACAUAGUUAUAUUCAGGAAUAUACUAUAACUUACUUCGUCGCACAGAGUCAAAUACCUUUACAAAAUCAACAAGGAUAGAUUUUCCUAAAAUAAUACUUGUGUACAAUAAAUUGUUAGAGUAAA